CAUCCACCCGGUUGCAAACACCAACCAUACUGAUGUGCUUACUACCCCACAUCAGAUUUAAGUUUCAUUUUGGUGCUGAUGGAGGAUGAAACUAUGGGUAAGUAAAUUCACAGACAGGCACAAACACCACACUAUUGAGCUUCAUAUGCCUCUCUCUUAAAGGCACCUGAGAACAGCAUAGAGGGAUAAGCACUUGAGCCGAUGUUCAUCUUCCGCUGAGCACAGCAAAGUCCCCCCAAAGUCAGGUGGACAGAGGAUGCCCAAAAUCCUUUCCUAAGACAGGAAAAUACUCCAACAUUCUCCAGUGUUUGCUGCAGGCAGUUGACGCAUCAGCUGCAUUGUUGACGGCACCGGUCAGGCAGUAGGCGAUCAGCUAGGACCUACUUCCAUUUUUCCUGACACUUGGCUUUUGAGCAGAGAGGCCCAAGCGGGGAAAAGUAGGAUGGGGGCUGGAGCGAGCGCCGAAGAGAAACGCUCCAGAGAGCUGGAGAAGAAGCUGAAGGAGGAUGCCGACAAGGAUGCAAGAACUGUCAAGCUGCUGCUGCUAGGUGCUGGAGAAUCAGGCAAAAGCACAAUUGUCAAACAGAUGAAAAUUAUCCACAAAGAUGGUUAUUCGCUUGAAGAGUGCUUGGAGUUUAUUACCAUCAUCUACAGCAACACCCUGCAGUCAAUCAUGGCUAUUGUGAAGGCCAUGACCACACUCAGUAUCAACUAUGGCCACUCUGAUCAGCAGGACGAUGCCAGGAAACUCAUGCAUCUUGCAGACACCAUCGAGGAGGGCACCAUGCCUAAAGAGCUGUCAGACAUCAUUUUGCGCCUGUGGAAGGACUCUGGCAUUCAGGCAUGCUUUGACAGGGCCUCAGAAUACCAACUCAACGACUCCGCUGGAUACUACCUGAAUGACUUGGAGCGACUGAUCCAACCAGGCUAUGUGCCCACUGAGCAGGAUGUGCUGCGAUCAAGAGUGAAGACCACUGGUAUCAUCGAGACCCAGUUCUCCUUCAAAGAUCUGAAUUUCAGAAUGUUUGAUGUGGGUGGCCAGAGAUCAGAGAGGAAGAAGUGGAUUCACUGUUUCGAAGGUGUGACCUGUAUCAUCUUCAUCGCUGCUUUGAGCGCAUACGACAUGGUGCUGGUGGAGGAUGAUGAAGUGAAUCGAAUGCACGAGAGUCUGCACUUGUUCAACAGUAUCUGCAACCACCGCUACUUCGCCACCACCUCUAUUGUACUCUUCCUCAACAAGAAAGAUGUGUUCGUUGAGAAGAUCAAGAAAGCUCAUCUCAGCAUGUGCUUCCCUGAAUAUGAUGGACCCAACACCUACGAGGAUGCUGGUAACUACAUCAAAAUGCAGUUUUUGGACCUGAACAUGCGCCGAGACGUCAAAGAAAUCUACUCCCACAUGACCUGUGCCACAGACACAGAGAACGUCAAGUUUGUGUUUGAUGCCGUAACCGACAUCAUCAUCAAAGAAAACCUGAAAGAUUGUGGUCUCUUCUAAGAGCCACGCUCAGGAACCCAAUGAAGGGUUGCUGUUGUAGCCCUGUCUCAUUCCACAAAUCCCUCCUCAAUUAAAACUGAGGACCCAAGAAGAGAAACUGUCCCCUAAAAUAGCCACUCUCAAACGGGCGAACGCAAAAAAUAUAAUCAAAUCAAUUUGUUGUGUUCAAAACUAAGUUGUAGCUUUGACCAAAGACUUCAGGUUAACUGAGACCAGAAGACAGCUCUUACGUCAGAAAAUCCUGUGCAGAUUUCAGAUGAGUUGAAUUUUAGUCAGGCUAACUUUUCUCUUGAGUCUCCUGAACUUGUCUUUGGAGGGGCAUGUAAUCUGUAGUUAAGACAUCAAAAGCUUCUGUCAGCAUAAAGUGAUUUCUUCUCACAUGUACUAAUGUGAAUAGAUGUCAGGCUAACGCAUUCUCUAUGCUCCAGUUACUGGUCAGUAUACGGCCAAAACGCAAACAAGAGGGCCUCACCACCUGCAGACGCACUUCAACCCAUUAGAGAUUCAGAACGAACUUGUCACUAGAAACACUGCAGAGAAGUUUGAGACACAAUUCAAGCAGGUAACAAUUUUUUUAAGGCAGGUGAUAGAAAAUGUAACCUCUUUGCAAUAGUUGAAAGGGCCAUUGUAUAUAAUUAAAUUGAUUUCUAUUGGACAGUUCGUGAAGUGUGGUGAUACCAUGUUGAUCUGUUUCACUGUUGAGUGGUAGAUGUAAUAUACUUCAACUUACAAAUUCCUCUCUAAAAGCUAACUGAUGCUACAGGCCUUUGAGCCAA